GAUGGAUGGAUGGAUGGAUGGAUGGAUGGAUGGAUGGAUGGAUGGAUGGAUGGAUGGAAGGAUGGGAUUUACGUGCUACAUAUACCCUUGAUUGACAUGCUUUGCUUCUUGUUCCUUGGUUUUAUUUUCUGGACAUGUGUAGUUACGCACUACCUACCUACCUAA